AUGAAAUCACUCCGUCGUACUCUUGGGCUUUUUGCUUACUAUUCGCAUUGGAUAUAUGAUUUCUCGGACAAAAUUCGUCCCCUGAGUAUCACCACUAGCUUCCCAGUGACUGAAGCGGCAGAAAAGGCAUUCCAACAACUCAAGAAGGACAUAGAGUCAUCUGUGGUUAAGGCAAUCGAUGAGUCACUGCCUUUUGGACCCGAGAGACGUCAUGCUGCUGUUGAAAAAGAGGCUCAAGCUAUUAUUGAAAGUGUCCGCCAUUGGAGACACUACUUGACUAGAAGACAUUUCACAAUAAAAACUGACCAACGUUCUGUAAGAUUCAUGUUUGACAAACAACAUAAGAUAAAAGUAAAGAACGAUAAGAUCCUAAGGUGGAGAAUGGAGUUAUCUUGUUAUGACUUUGACAUAAUUUACAGACCAGGCAGAGAAAAUAUUACUCCUGACAUGUUCUCCAGAUCUUGCUGCGGCAUGAUGUGCCACGACCAGCGGUCCCUGUCAGCCAUUCAUGAUGCCUUGUGUCAUCCCGGCGUCACACGGUUGCUUCAUUUCAUCAAAUCUAGGAAUCUGCCUUACUCUGUGGAAGACGUCCGACGAACUAUCAGUUCAUGUAAAGUAUGUGCUGAAUGCAGACCAAACUUUCACCAGCCCGAGAGGGCCCAUCUCAUAAAAGCUACACAGCCAUUUGAACGCCUCAACAUAGACUUUAAAGGACCCCUUCCUAGCACAGAUAAUAAGUAUUUCCUCAAUAUCUUUGACGAAUAUUCAAGAUUUCCAUUUGUAUUUCCAUGUCCCAAUAUGACUGCCGCAACAGUUAUUAAUUGCCUCUCUCAACUCUUUUCUAUUUUUGGUAUGCCAGCAUAUGUGCACUCGGAUAGAGGAUCAUCAUUCAUGGGUAAAGAAGUUCAAGACAUCCUGGUCAGCAAAGGUAUUGGCUGUAGUCGGACCACUGCGUAUAACCCUCAGGGUAAUGGUCAGGUUGAACGGUUCAAUGGGAGUAUAUGGAGAACCAUUACGGCUGCUUUGAAGUCUCGUGGCCUGCCAACCCAGUACUGGCAAACUGUCCUUCCUGACGCCCUCCAUUCAAUUCGUUCAUUACUAUGCACUGCUACUAAUGCUACUCCUCAUGAACGUCUGUUUAAUUACGCUCGUCGUUCUUCAACAGGAACUGCUAUUCCGUCUUGGUUGUGUGAGCCUGGUCCGGUGCUCUUAAAGCGCCAUGUACGAACAAGCAAGACCGAACCCCUAGCAGAUGAGGUCGAACUUAUACAAGCAACUCCUCAACACCUGGCUCCUGCUGGUUCUGAAACAUGCAUUGAUCCUGGCUGUGAAUCAAGUGACGUGCCUUCCCAAACAAUAGAAUCUACUAAUGUGACUCCUCAAGAAGGAUCUCCUGAGUCUACCUCAACUCCUCUACCACAACAAGAACUAGCUGAGGAAGCUCCAUCUCGGCGAGCUGUGAGCCGCGACGUGAGUGCUCCCUUACUCCUUGACCGCUACUCGCACUACACGGCCAGACUAGCAUGCCUGCCUCUCAACGUGUCUCUUAUUAGGCAACUUCAGGUGUUUAUUACUAGAUUUCAGCGGGAGUGUUUUUCACUGAUACAUGUCUGA